UACUACUACUACUACUACUACUACUACUACUACUACUUACUUAUCACCACUACAAUGCAUUAGUAAUGUUACUACAACUAUACUAUUAUGGUAACUAUUACUUUGCAUCUCUUGUCGCUAUACUUCUAAUUUACUGUUAUAAUUCAUUGUUUGUUUGUUCGUUUUUUAUAUACUUUUUAUAUCUACCUGUAAUUACUUUACAGUUGUAUCUCCAUAAAACUCUGAUUAGUUAAUUAUUAAUACUAAUAAUAACAAAAAAAAAAUACUUUAAAAUUGUAGAACUAAAGCCAAUAACGUCAAGUACCAGCUACAAAUUUUGCAUCUAUUAUCGUUUAACAAAAUAAUUCAAAUCGUUUAUUAUUUUCAAAAGUAUAGGGGUAGAUAGGAGACGAAAGCAAAUAGACAACAACAAAUUUAAAAAUGACACAAUUGAAAAUUAGGCUCAAGUCCUGUGCUCUUAAAUUUUAAUAGGGGUCCCCCACGGAGAGUAGCAGCCUUGUAUAUUAUAUACUGCAGUUAAACAA